UAUGCUCCCACACUGAGGUGACUACAUCUAGAAGUGAACACAAUAUUAGAUUCUAAUAAGACAACAAAAGACACAUUAGGGUCUAUAAAGGAAGCAAUGGCAACCUCCAGUAUUUUAAAAUCCUCUGAAAACAACACUUCCAAGCACAACCUAACAGUUCAGUCUGAAAUACCAUUACUGAGUAGGGCUGGAAGAGAAUCCAUGAAUGACAAUGACAUCACUAAGGCACUGAAAUGUUUUAAAAGGGCAUAUAUAAUUUCCUGUAAAAUGACAGACAAAAGCAUCCAGAAAGCUUGCCUAUUUAAUCUUGGGGCUGCUUACAUUUGUGUUGGCAAACCAAAGAAAGCACUAAAAUGCCUCAUAAAAUCAAGAACCAAUGGGCUGGAAGAUCGUGAUGGUGACCUGUAUUUCAAUGUUGCAGCUGCUUACGAUGAAAUGAAAGAGCAUGGAAAAGCAGUGAAGUUUUAUGAAAGAGCAAUCAAUGAGUAUGGAUUUAAUGAACUUCAUAAUAUCGCAGAUGCCUUAAUAAAGCUUGGGUAUUGCUUUGUAACAAUUAAGGAUCUUCCCUCUGCUGCACAUUCAUUUAGACUUGCAGGUCAUUCCUAUCUGAAGAUCCCUCGAGCUGAAGAUGCAGCAAUGGCCAUGAGAGAGGCAGCUAACUAUAUGAUAAAGAGCCAGCAUUUUUCCAAAACUGAAGUCCUCCAGACUCUGGAUUCAUGUGUGCAGGCAUGCAACAAAGUGACAGAUACGAAACUGCUGGGAACACUCUAUAACAACAUUGGCUUGCAUUAUGCUGAAUUGAAGUGCUUCACUGAAGCUAGAAAAUGUUUUACCGAAAGUAUAAAGCUAUGCAGUGGGCAGCAAUUUGCAAUAAGAAAAAUGGCUGUAUUGCUCCAAAACCUAGGAGCAGUUGACAAUGCUCUUUACGAAUAUGAAAAAUCACUCAGAUGCCACGCUGAAUCUGCAGAUAUGUAUGGAACGUUGGGAGAAAGGAAUGCUCAAGGACAGUGCCUCUGCAACUUGGCAUUUGCCUACAGUCAACUAAGAAAGUAUGAAAUGGCAGAGUUUUACUACCACCAGUCUCUAGAUGCAUUUAUGGAUACAGGAGACCUGAUGAGACAGUGGCAGGUCAGCGAAGGACUGGGUGCCACAUAUUUCUGCCUUGGUAACCAUGAUCAAUCCAUAUUCUACUACAAGCAAGCACUAACUUUGUUUGUAAAAUCAAAGGAAACAUCUGACUUCCCUAGAGAAAGGAUUUUACUAAAGCUUUCCGAUGCAAUUAAGUAUAAACUAACUAAACAACAUCCAGUCUCAGCUGGGGCAAGCAUUUCUAGGACAGAACCAGAUCAAUCUCCUAGCAACGGCGUUAAUGAUGCUCACAAAUCAGUCACCUCUCAAUAUCAUGAAUCCCGUUACAAUGAUGACUCCCCUUUAUCUGACACUUUUGAGAAACAGGAGGAAUCCACAUCCAAGUGCAGAGAUGUCUCCGCAUACAAGUGGUAUAAUGACAAUACCCAAAACAUGAAAAGAUUUCAGAAUAACCCCAAGGUUUCUGACAUUUCUGAAGAGCUGGAAGAAUCCACACAUGAGUAUGGAGUUGACUAAAUAAAUAAUGAAAACAUGCUGAGAUAGCAAUAUAAUCCUUUGCAUGAAUAGUUCUGAAGGUGGCGAAUGAGGGCUGUGUUUUCUACAACAUGUUCAUGGAUGGGUGAGAAGUUAGGAGUCUAAGCAAACAUAUACAAAGUUACUGGUAA